UGACUCUCUAUGCUUUGCGGGAGUGGUGUAGGGUCUAAACAUGCAAUCUCAAUGUCGCAGUCAUUGCGUCGUAUUUUCAGCUAAUUUCUCACUAUUGACGAGGAAUCUAAUUGAUUUGCAUCAUCCAAGCCAAGCUGCCCAAGCUGUGCCUGUAGACAGAAAUGACACUUUCGUGAAAUAGGAAACCAUGCACCAUUCGCUCCGAUCCGCACGUACAGUAGCGCUUCACUGGGUCGUUUAUAAUUUUGUUUCCUUCUUCGAACUUCCCACCACGCCGGCCCUGGCCCUAUAGCUUGUGCAUGCGGCCGCACAAACUCGUCGUGCAUCGUGAGUGCAUGGUUUUCCAAACCACGACAUAUUAUAGGCACUGAACAUUACCAUCUGAUCUGGAUGUCUUGCUGGGGAUAUCAUUCAUGUACCUUUCCAACGGACUGAGUUUCUGUCGAAAGAGAAGGACGUCUUGCACCAUGGAUGGAUUCUGCCUUCUCUAUCUGCUCAUGAUUCUCCUGAAGAAAUCUGGUGAUGUUGAAACCAACCCUGGACCAGACAGGAUUGUCAGUGAGGCAGAAUUCAUAAAGCUGUCUAAGCUAAUUGAACCUAGCUACUACAAAGAGGUGGGCGUUAACCUGGAGAUUUCCAAUGCAGAGCUUGGUCAAAUCAUCAUGCAGCAUUUGCAACAUACCAAUGAUGCAUUGAUGACAGUGUUCACGAGAUGGAGAGACAAACAGCCUCCAGGUACAGACAUCAGGACUCUUCUUGCAGAGGGAUUAGAAAGAAGUGACUUGGGAUCUCUCUCUGGUGAACUACUCGCUGGCAGUCUAGUCCCCAAAAGGACAGGUGAGAAUAAAAAGCAAAUCAUGUCGGCUGCCCUCCAAAGGGCCCUUACUGCUAUUGCUAAUGGGUUGCUCUUGCAGGCAGCCAGCAAACACUGAUUUGACACUUUCUCAUUUGGUACAAAUAGGAUUAUUUAAAGCAGGACAUCCCAUUAGAUGAACAGCCCACAAGACUGAUACUGCCGGUCUGCAUGGUGAACCCUCAAAAUAGUUAUCAGAACCUCCAUGAGACUGACAUGUCAGUGUAAUGGGCUGUCAGUCCAUGGGUCGUUGGUCUCAUGGGCCUUCUGAAAACUUUUCAGAAAGUUUGCUAGACAGAUAUUGUGGGUCUUGUGCGCUGUCAGGAUCAUGGGCUGUGGCCAUUAAUACAUGGUUACAGACCCACCCACUUUGUGCUGCGUAAGGGAGAUGAUGAAAUUAGUUUUACAUGAAGCUGUACAAGGAUUGUCAUUCAAAUUUCUUGCAUUUCAAGCCCAGCCACUUUCUGACUUCUUUUCUCCAAGUCAUGCUCAUAUUUUGACACCAAUUUUAUCAAAAUUGUACCGUGACACAGUCGUUUUUAUCUUUUGUGACCUUAUAUGUCAGCCCCAAAAUGGAGAAUUUCUGAUUUUUGUAUACAAAACAAAAUGAAAACUACAUUUCUCUCAGUACUUUGUAUAUCGCGUAGGUAAAUUGUUCUUUAGGCUGUAAUUCAUUGGGUGUAUAGGGUUUGUCAUUAUUGUCCACACUGUGAGCGA